AUGAUUCAUGAAACACAUAUCUAUAGCCGACGUUAUGGUAUUCUUGCUAUGUUCAUAUUUUUAUCAGCAUCAAAUGCAAUGCAAUGGAUAGAAUAUUCUAUAAUCGCUAAUAUUAUUGCUUUAUUCUAUUCAAUUAGUUAUAUGAUGGUUGAUUGGACCUCAAUGGUUUAUAUGGUCUCAUACAUGUUAUUUAUUCUACCAGCGAGCUGGAUUUUGGAUAAAUAUGGAUUACGAGUAUCAGUGCUUUUAGGCGCUGGUGGGAAUUGCUUAGGAUCAUGGCUUAAAGUCUUAUCAGCUCAACCAGAUUUAUUUUGGCUGUCAUUUCUCGGACAAACAAUAGUCGGAUCUUCUCAAGUAUUCAUUUUGGGCAUUCCACCUCGACUUGCGGCUGUCUGGUUUGGUUCCAAGGAAAUUUCGACAGCUUGUGCAGCGGGUGUUUUCGGCAAUCAGUUCGGUAUUGCGAUUGGCUUUUUAUUACCUCCACUUGUUGUUCAUAUGGGAACUGUCGAAAGUAUGGCCACCGAACUCAAAACUCUCUUCAUGAUUUCAGCAAUUAUUAAUUCCAUCGUCUUUUUAUUGAUUAUAUUUUUUUUUUCAAAAAAACCACCUCUUCCGCCAAGUAUUGCGCAUCUUCAAUCAAUUGAAAAUACGCGUGAUUAUUUAAUAACUUUAAAGGAAGUUAUCGUAAAUCCUAGUUAUUUGCUUCUAUUAAUCAGCUACGGGUUAAAUACUGGUGUAUUUUAUGCAAUUUCUACAUUGCUUAAUCAAAUUAUUUUAUAUUACCAUCCGAAUGAACAAAAACUCAGCGGAACUAUUGGCCUAAUCCUAGUUGUUUCUGGGAUGGUUGGUUCCGUUCUUUGUGGAAUAUUUCUUGACCGAUUUCAUCGUUACAAGAUGACUACUUUGGCAGUCUAUUUCUUCAGCACGAUUGGAAUGAUCCUUUUUACUGUCCUCAUAAGCCUUCCUCAGACAUGGGCUAUUUAUAUAGUCGCUGCUAUUUUAGGAUUUUUUAUGACUGGUUAUCUUCCGAUUGGUUUUGAAUUCGCUGCUGAACUUACAUAUCCUAUUCCGGAAGGUACCACUUCUGGUUUGCUCAAUGCUUCUGCUCAGGCAUUUGGAGUGUUAAUGACGCUAGCGAUGGGUCAAGUAAUCCAUAAAACGAGUAUUUUUUUAUGUAAUAUAAUUUUGUCGAGUAUUUUGGUCAUUGGAAUUAUACUUACUGCUUUUAUUAAAGCGGAUUUGAGACGGCAAAAAGCCCAUCGAUGUAUACAGUAUAUUUCAACCGACAUUACUCAAUAG